GCCCCACUGACUUGGGGAGGGGGGCGGCAUAAGUCUCCUUUGUUCGCCCAAGAAAGACAACAGUUUCCGGAAAAGGUCACUCAGGCCAGUGGGGAUUCACCUGGAAUACUAGAGGUGGCCCCCUCCCUUUGGAGGGGUGGGCCUGGGCAAGGCUGGGGUGUUUCUCUGGGACUACCAGGAUCUAACCGAUUGUGGUUGGUGAGAUUUCAGUACUAGGGUUCCUGGUUGUCUGGUUGAAAAGCAUCAUCCUGAAAUGUCCUUAUAUAAUAUUUUAAUGAAUUGAUUUUCUGUCCUUUCCUGGCUAGAGUCUCGCAGACCCCCACUCGUUUCACCCCUAGAAUCUUCCUUAUGAGACAGAGGGAUGCAGAGAAAGCAUUGCAGUGGUGACUGGCCCUGAUUUUCCAUUUUCUAGUCUGGCCAGGGGAAAAACCCAGCCCCAAAUACCAGCCCCUUCCCUCCUUACUUUCGAUUUUCCUUCCCUUCUCUCUCUCCCUUUCUGCUGCUCAAACAGAAGCAAAAGAGGGGCCACCAGCGGUAACCCUCAGCCUCCUUGCAGACCAAAUUCCCUGUAGACGAGGUCCUUAGAGCAGGAGAGCACUGCUGUGAUUAUCUAAUAAUAGCCAGGGCGGCUGAGAAUAGAAAUCAGGCUCAAGGACUCUGCACACCCAGGACUAAAGAUGGGCAGAAGCCCUGAAUCUGUGGGUCAGGAUCUGAGGACACUUCUUGGAGCCCAGGGUGCCCAGCACUCCCUUCUGAGCCCACUCUUUGGGCACCACAGGCCUGCCCCUUAUGGGGCUUUGUCAGUCUUGCCAUGGGCUGUAUUUCAUGCGCCAGCUCUUAGCUAAAGAGAAAUGGGCAAAGCAAACCCUUUCUCUCCUUGGUCUGACAGUUGUGAUCCCCACGAAGAAUACGACCUUGUCUGGAGAAGGCAGUCUUGUUGGGUUGGCUGUUGUGUUCCAAAACCAGGCUUGAUAGCUUUAUACAUUUAUUACAUACAGGCUCAAAUGUACCGGUGCAGACUUACGCGUGAAUAUAUAUACAGACUCGUAUUUCCUUGGUGGUUAAUUGUAUAUUGCCAUGCCUAUAUUCGCUCAAACACCAUUUUAUGUGCUUGCGAAAUUUUGUUAGCCCUCACUAGAUGGGUGUGUGCUCAAGGAGGCACUGGGUGCCCGCUGUGCAUGCUCUGAAUAAAAUGUGUGUGUGCUGGAAUCGGAGUAUGCGGGAUUCAGUCACCAAGGGAUGCCACAAAAGCUUUCUCAGACCUGAUUGCCUUCGCUGUCCAAGUAGCUGUCCAAGUAGCCAGGCUGGGGAAAGACUGACUCCCUUCUGCUUUCUCUCCACACCUCCUUGAAAACUUCCCCAAUUCAGGACUGUUUAACCAGGGGAAUGCUGUUGUGUUGACAGUGCGUACUGUGGGGCUCUUCCGUGCAGGAGGUAGGCCUGUGAGCAGUUCUGAGCAGUUGCUGGGCCCUGGGGCUUGAAGCCUUGCUGAGGUGGUGCAGGAGAUUGGAGUGGUUAAUAAGGUGGCCUCUGGGCAGUGGUCUGGGGUGGCUGCCGGUCAGGGUGUCUGGACAGGCUGGUGGAGAAGGCGAGCUAGAACCGGUAGGAGUGCGGUGACCAUACAUCUCCCGCCCCUGUUUGCCCGGCUCUCACCGGGCCCCAGCUUUGCCUGUGUCAUCUGUGGGGCAGAUUAGGGGCUCUCUAAGUUCCCCCAGAUGCCCAGAUCUGGUUACUGGUGGGACUUCAUUUUAAUCCUCUCCUUUAGCUAAACCGGGGAGACGGCUGAUGUGGUAGUGCCAGAGAAGAAGCUGGGUCUGGCCGCCUGUGGGCCUCGAGCACUGAGUGUGGGCCGGGGCUGGGAAUUCCUAGCCUUUUUCGCUCUGGGACCAGGGAAAGACAGAGCAGGGUGGGUAUCAAUGUCUGUGAAAACCCCAAUGAAAGAAAGUAAGGACAAGAGAGGAGCUGGCGGGGUUUUCCUCCACUCCCUAGGCAAUCAGGUUCCUUGCAAGAAUCUCCUGUCUAGACUUGCUGCGGGUGCCGAGGUGAGCAGCUUUCUCCCACCUUCUCUCUGCCGCGCACUGAAGGUGGCCUCGGGCUUCUGGGCUUCGGCCACCCCCCGGGUGCUGGGGUGACAUUACCCACAAAGCGUGCCCCUCACCCGGCCCACGGCCUCUGCCACGGCGCUGCAGUUGCCCCUGUUUAUUGUGUCUGUGAGUUGUUUACUUGUUUUGUCUGCUGCCACCCUGCGUCAGAAACCCGCCAAACCAGCAAACUCACCCAGGAGAACAAAGUGCAGCACUAUCCUGAGCUCCCUCCCCUUUCCGGCACCCUGCUCCCGCCAUUACCUCCUCCCUUACUCUCUCUUUCCGAGGGGAGGAAGCAGAAAUCAUCCUAAAAUAGGGCAGCUGUUUAUAGGGUGGGGGAAUUAUGGGGACACCAUAAACCUCCGGGUGGUGGAGAGACAGAGCAGCCUUCCCCUUGCCUCUGGCUUUUCAUCCCUCCCCCUGGCAACUGCCUGGUUAAGGGGGCCACAUUCAUUGAAAAAGUUGAGUCCCCCUCACCCCACUCUUUUCUGCAGGAGGCUUUCCCUGAGACACAGGUUGUUGGGUUUUAAAUCAGGAUAAUGUUGGUGGAUUCAUAAAGCUAGGUAAAGCAUGGCACUCUCCUCUCACCCUCCCUUCUCCUCAGCCCCCCAAAAUAGCAGUGAAUUUAAGCAAAUCCCACAAAAUUAAAUUGCCCCUUCACUAAAGAUCCUAUAAAUCUCCAAUCCCGCCAGGUGUAGAGUCAGAGAGGCCGCUGAUCGCCUCUAAUUUUGCUCCUGGCUAUCAAAUCUAAAAGAGUAUCAUCAAAGUAAGUAAUAUUCUCCUUUCUGAAAUUAAUUCCCCCUCCCAGUCUCUCUCCCUCUUUUCGCCAGCGCAGAUUAAAUGAUUCUUUCAGAUCUGCAAACAAUAAAGGAUAAAAUUAUUUAUAGGGAAAUGAGGACGAUGUUUCAUUGUUGGCUUAUUGUUCCAGAACAUAAUAACAUUUUAUUUUCAAGUGGAAGAGCUUAGACCAGGGGAAGAAAAAGGGGAAUGAGGGGGAAUAGUGAGGGAAGGCAAGGCAUCCACACACCAAACUCGAGCUGUAUGUAACUUUUAUGACAUUUAUGAUUUCCUCGUGACAACUCACUGUGACGUCAUAAAUGCUGUGUUCUUGGAUUUUACAGUUCUCAUAAACCUCCAAAGUGGGUCCAAGCAGUGCUAGGUGUGGAGGGAUGUAAGAGAAGACAGGAACUUGGGGAAUCCUUUAACCUCAUUCUGGGGACCAAAAAUAUUCUGAAUAUUUUGGAUUUUCAUUCUCUCUUGGGCCAAGCAGGGCUACUUGCUUUGCCUCCCUGAAAUGUCACUCAGGGUCUGAGUUCCCUCCCCAUUCCCAAUGGGGACUAGAUACUGUGUCCUAAGGCUCUCUGUCUGCCCUCUCCAGAGCUGAUAUUCAGCUGCUUGGGAUAGAGGUGAGAGGCUGGGGGUCCAGGCCCCAAAAGCCAGAAAUGAUUUCUUCCAGAGGGAGCCGCAAGGGGUCCAGGGCUGAGUGUGAUGGGACAGAGAUGCUUAAGAUCUAUUUUACUUUUUAACCCUCAGCCAGAGAAGUGAGUUGAGAAGCCAAAUGCUGGUGUGGUAUGGGAGUCUGUGUCAGCUGAUGGUAGCAGCCUUAAGUGGAGUGGUGGUAAAGAAAGGUCAGGCAGAAAUCUGGAAAGAGAGGGAGAGGAGAAAAUAUGACAUGAGUUAGCAGAGCCCCUCCAUGUACCUUUCUUCUCUGUUUAAUUGCAAAUAAAGCAAAAGCAGCUUGGGUAGCCUCGCUACCUCUCAGCUCAAAAGAGGAGUCGCCAGCCCAGGCCUCUGAGGUGUUUAGGGCAGUUCUCAGGAGCUUGACAUGCCCCAUCUGGCCUUUUCCUCCUCCCUGCCUCCCUGCUGACCCCCAACUCCAUUCAGCUGGCCAGACUGGGCCCCGUCCCCAGAAUAUCAGCACCCCCAAAUGGGAUCCAUUUCCAGGUUGGGUGUGUCAAAUUUCACUUUUCUCCAAGUAUCUCCAUGCCUGAACUUUGAAAGGAGAAAGAGCCUUCUUUUUCGGAAUGCAAUGCGUCUAUAGGGGGUGUGGGCUCAGACAACUUCCUCACCGUAUCUGUGAGCAGCUGGGGGUUCCUUGGGUGAGCUAUGCUUUGGUGUCCCCAGGCAGAUCCAGUUCCCCGUGGUCAGGUUCUCUGGUGGACUAGGAGACUCUCUUUGCAAGCCUUUUACUCUGGAUUCUGUGGAGAUCAAAGGAGCUCAUACACAAAACACUAGACACUUGGAGUAGGAUUUAUUUUUUAAAUUUUUAAAUAAAAAAAGUCCAAUCAUAAGCCAGUCGAGCCAACUGAGCAGUCACUCCAGAACAGCAAAGCCUUAACCAAACAGUGCAAUUGUGAGGUGAGAUGAACAAUUAUUGAAACUCAGCUUUCACUGCAAGAGGGAUUUCAGCCCUCACCCAGUGGCACAAAAGGGGCCGGUGGGUCAAGGGCUCCUCUCUGGCUCUGGAAAUCGAGGAUUGAGGGGGUGGGUUGGGCAGCUGCAGUGGCUUCCAGGCAGCCAGGCGCUCAGGCCGAACGCUGAGUCCUGCGGCUCCAGUGUCCGUGUCCCUGAGCAGCCUCCGGAGGCGCCGAGCUGUAGUUGGUGGCGCCGGCAGCCAGGAAUGGAGUGUAUCUGUGUUUGAGGCUUGGUGAAUCAGACAUCCGCGCAGAGCUGGGGGAUCUGGGGAGAGAGAGAAGACUGGCAGAACACAAACUAAGCAGGACCUCUGGAGAAGACUGUCCCCAAAUAAAAAUUCCAGAUCUCACCCCACUCUCACUUCAGAUACCCUUCGCCAAGAAAAUAAUAUAUUUCCCAGAGCAGAGUUGAAAGCAAAUGCAGGCAAGGUGAGGCCUGCCCAUGAACCCCUCCCAGGUCAGGGUCCAGUCCCAGCCACCCUCUCCCGGGUUCAGAGCUACACAGGCCCCCAAACCUGGCCUGGAGCAGAGCAAGGCUGGAGUAGGAGCCCUUCACUUGCCCUGGGAAACCUUCAAGUGGCCAGCCUCCAAUGCAACCCUUAACUUUGGGGACUCCAGGCCAGUGACUGCCCCCUUCUCAGGCCCAGGGCGACUGCAGUGUGUUCCUCUCCUAUAAUUAGUGCUCAUGAAAAGCAUGUGUUUUGGAUGGGGGGGGCGUGGAACGGUGACCGGCAACUUUCUCCCUUUAUUCCUUUUCUGUGUUUUUUGAAUUCUGUUUUCGAAUCCACUAAUUCCAGCUCCGAAAGCGAAAAUCCGUUCUUGCCGCCAAACCCCUUCGGAAUGCUUGAUUCCCGAGGAGGCCGAAGGGGCAGAGCAACUCACAGACCUGUGGGCCUGAUGGGGGUGGGGGGGUUUCUCUGAACCCUCUGAUUUCUCUAGGCUUGUUUUAUAGAAACAAAGAACAAGUUCUCCCCCCUCCUUCCCAGGACUUGUGCAUAUUUACAGAGCUCAACUGCAGUUUUAAUAAAACAUCUGUUCUUGCUUCUGCUGAUGAGUUUCCAUAAUUGUUUUCAGACAAAUUUAACAGGAAAAUAUAAAUAUAUUUAGAAAAAUCCAAGUCCCAGCUCUUCCCCCAUAGACACUCAUUCUUUUGCAAAAAAAAAAAAAGAAAGAAAAAGAAAAAGAAAGAAAGAAAUUAACAUGAAAUGAAAAAAGGAAAAUAAAAUCCAAUGGAGGGAAGAUCCAGCUCAUCUGACCUGCUCUCCCCCCUUGGAGCGAAUCCUUCUAGCAAAUUUCUGCUGCAUAAUUAAAGAUCUAACUGAAAGAAGGUGGCUUCUUUCCUCAGGAACGGAAGGUGAUGGAGGGAGACUGUGCUGGAAAUUAAUUUUGCCAAAAGUCUUUAAGCAGUGGGGGAAUUUAUUUGUAUUUCUGCUUCCCCUUCUCUCCCCCUUCCAGCAUUUCUGCCUUUUUCCCCCAGCAGCUGGUUCCUGUUCAUUAUAAAUCGGCGAGACCUUUCAGUCUCUGCCCUCUGUUUAGGGACGUAAUAAAACACUUAACUUUCCGGGGCUGAGACUUACAUUCUGCUCCUCAGGUCGCCCACCCCCGCGCCCACCGCCUUUAGGCCCCAAAGGAGACUCUUUCCAACUUUGGGGCCCCUUUCCCCUCCAGACCUGGUUUAGGAGGGGCUCAAGGAAACCCAGGCAUCCUGGUUGGGAAGCUGCAACACAUGCUUCCCCAGAAGCCCUUUCUUGCUUCCAAGGUCCUUCCUUCCCUUACCCACCCAUAAAAGAGAUUUAAAAAUACAUAGAAAAUCAACACUCAUUGAAAGCGAAACCUCAUUAAGACAUCCUAUCUUCCAUCAUUCAAUUUGUUGAACAUUGCAACAAUUUAAUAUCUUGAAGGAAAUAUCACUGACAUGAUUUAUCCCUCCAGCAAUCUCUCUCUGAAAUGGGGGGGGGUGAUGAGGAGGGAGGGUAUUUACUCUCUCUUCCGGCCUGUCCUGUGUGUUACACAGCUACCCCUAGGGCAGAAUUGAGGCUGGAAACUCUAAGAGCAGCUACUUGUGUCCAGGGGUGCACUGGUUAGUCCCUUAGCUCAUCCCCCUGGGUCUUCCACUCCCUCCCCAGUUCUCUCUUCCUCUUGCCCUCCAGGGGGCCUGGAGCCCCAGCCAGCUGUUGGAAACCUCUGUCCAGGCAUGUCAUGAAUUCGAAGACAGCUGGAUUCUAGAGCGAAAAGCAGCUCAAGCUGGUGCUGGUGUCUGUGUACCUGCCAUGUCACCCCAAAAUGAGACAACUCAUCUCAGAAUUUCUUUCUUAAUUUUAAGAAUCCUUCUUUAGACUUUCACCGUCUCCUUGGGGAGAGGAAAGUAUGGUCCAAGAGGGGGAACCUUUAUAAUUACAGGGCAUCUUUCCUCUGCCUUUCUAAAUACCAACAAACUUCCCUCCUCUCUGAAGGAUUAGGGCUGUAUUUUGAAGAGCUAACACCAACUGUUUCACAGGAAGACUCUUCAAUCCCGUAACGAGGUUCAUGUAUUAACUAACAUGUCUCCAUCAGCUCCUACACACUGUCUGCUUUUGGGUUCGAAACUUUAUUUUUCCCCCCUAGCGACACUCCAGGGAAACCUUAACGUUACAGAAGAUGAAUAAACGAGUUUUUUCCCAGCGUAGUCCCGUUUAUGGCUUUAUUGCUACCCAUUGAUUACUCCGCUUUGUUACACAGAAGGAAAAGAUCAUAAAAUCCGGCGACAUCCGGGUUCUUGUUAUAGCCAGUCCCCCCCCCCCCAAAAUGGUGAGGGGAAAAUAUGAGUUUCCACUGCUCCCUUUGCUUGUCCGACCGCCCCACUCUUUGUCAACUCAAAGUAUUUUCAGCCUAUGUUACGAUAUCAAAUUAAGUUUGGAUUAAUCAGGGGGAAAAAGCCCAUCUGCACACCUUCCGCUGUUUCUGUUCGCCCAUUGCGGCUCCCUCAGAAGCCUCGGACUCAGCUGCCUUUCCCUAACCUUCUCUUCCUUUUUCUCAGCCCCAAGGUGGGAAGAAAAUAAGAGUAGGGGCUGCUAAGAGGCCCGGACCCCAUCAGGUGUGGCUGGCCCUUGAGUGAGAGCUCCCCAGGAAAACUAAGCUGGAAUCUCCAAGCCCCAGAGCUCAGGUCCAGGAACACCUCCCUUGGCAGGGCAGAGUCUGAGGGGGCAGGGGCUUCUGACCUGGGUGGGGGCUUGAGCCUGCAACAUGCUCACUGUCCAUCAGAGCCCCACCAGCGUUCUUUUUCUGGCUGGAUCCUAGUGAAUUACCCCAACCGGCCCUGGCUGGCUCCAAAUCAUAAAUUCUCACCAACAUAAACAGGAGUUGAUGUGUCUAGAAAGACACUCAGAGUUUUCUUCUUUCCUUCUUCCUUCCUUUUCCUCUCUCUCCCACCUUUUACUUCUUUCUCUUCCUUGCCUAUUGUAUUUUUUUCCAAUAAAUUUUCCCUUUUAGGCAAAAAUGCUGCAGGAGUUUCCCCAAAAAGAGGGUCCUGAGGAGGAGGUGGAGGGGGGCUAGGAGGAAGAAGCAGCAGCUCCUUUGCACACCUCACCUUCGCCACUGCACCCUGAAGUCUCACCCUUCCCCUUUAAAACUUAGUAGCUCCCCACUUGCCCCCUACACCCCAGACUCUCAGACACACUCUCCUUCCUCUGAGCAUCCUGUUUUAUGCAACUUCUUUCUACUUUUGAUUUUUAAAAAUUAUUUGGAAAAAAUAUACUAGUUUAGUGAUGGGGACUCACACCAUGAAGUGUCAAACCAGGAUUUCCUGUAGGAUUUCUGGGGAUCCCCCUGAGCUGAGAGGGAGCUCCUCCUCCCAUGGGGGAAUCAGGAUGUAAUUUUAGAAGGGAGUAGAUAUAAAAGAUGAAAUCAGAUUGAACAUACAGGGAUUUCUCCAGCCCUGGCUCUGGUCACAGCACAGCAAAGUUAACUGGGGCUGAGAGAUUUGCUGGGAGUGCAGCUCUCUUUUUCUGGGCCCCAAGGCCCUGCUCACGAACAUUCACCCUUCCUUCACCUUCAAAUCAGUUACCUUUCAUAUAUAUUUUAAAGAAAUCCAAGUCUUACUUUCAAAGCACACACUUAGUCUCAACUAGGGAAUCAACAGAAGCAGAAGCGAUUUUUUUCCCCCUUCUUGACAUCUGGCUUGCGAUUGGCUGGAAGGGGGUCAGCUGACUUUGUCAUUUUGUCUGUCCUGGAUUGGAGCCGUCCCUAUAACCAUCUAGUUCCGAGUACAAACUGGAGACAGAAAUAAAUAUUAAAGAAAUCAUAGCCCGACCAGGUAAAGGCAAAGGGAUGAAUUCCUACUUCACUAACCCUUCCUUAUCCUGCCACCUCGCCGGGGGCCAGGACGUCCUCCCCAACGUCGCCCUCAAUUCCACCGCCUAUGAUCCAGUGAGGCAUUUCUCGACCUAUGGAGCGGCCGUUGCCCAGAACCGGAUCUACUCGACUCCCUUUUAUUCGCCACAGGAGAAUGUCGUGUUCAGUUCCAGCCGGGGGCCGUAUGACUAUGGAUCUAAUUCCUUUUACCAGGAGAAAGACAUGCUCUCAAACUGCAGACAAAACACCUUAGGACAUAACACACAGACCUCAAUCGCUCAGGAUUUUAGUUCUGAGCAGGGCAGGACUGCGCCCCAGGACCAGAAAGCCAGUAUCCAGAUUUACCCCUGGAUGCAGAGAAUGAAUUCGCACAGUGGGGUCGGCUAUGGAGCGGACCGGAGGCGCGGUCGCCAGAUCUACUCGCGGUACCAGACCCUGGAACUGGAGAAGGAAUUUCACUUCAACCGCUACCUAACGCGGCGCCGGCGCAUCGAGAUCGCCAACGCGCUGUGCCUGACCGAGCGACAGAUCAAAAUCUGGUUCCAGAACCGCCGGAUGAAGUGGAAAAAAGAGUCUAAUCUCACGUCCACGCUCUCAGGGGGCGGUGGAGGGGCAGCGGCUGACAGCCUGGGCGGAAAAGAGGAAAAGCGGGAAGAGACAGAAGAGGAGAAGCAGAAAGAGUGACCAGGACUGUCCCUGCCACCCCUCUCCUGCUCCCUCG